AUGAGUUAUUUUCAAGAUUGGCUAGAACUGGAAGGAACCUCGACAUUUACUUCAUUCAGAAAGUUUUCUAAAGUAACGAAAAAUUCUAAAACUUAUCAUUAUUAUUGUUGUCAGUUUACCACGCAAGGUUAUUCUGAUUUUGAAAAAAAAACUAGUCGGAAAAAUGAAAAAGGUACAGUUUCAAAAAGUGUAUGUUGUCCGGUCAGAAUAUGGGCUUGUGAAGAAAUGAAUAAAAUCUCUGUUUUUUACUUUCCUAAACAUAAUCAUGAGCAAAAGUUUGAAAAUUGUAAAUAUCAGCCAUUGAAACAAAGUACGCGGUGUUUGAUAAAAGCAAAUUUACGUUUAUCUGUGCCUCCACAAAAAAUAAGGGAUAUCUUACAAGAUGGAUCAGGAAAUCGCGAGAAUAGAAAUAAUUUCCCUGUAAAGGAAAGCUUUGUCUCCCGUAAAACUAUUUCUGCUUAUUCUAGAUAUUUAAACAAUUCAUUGCGUCCAAGUAGUGAUGCAGUUUCUGUUAAUUCAAUCAUUGAAACUUUAAAAUGUGAAGCAUACAAUCCUGUGUUAUUAUAUAAGCCUCAGAAUAAUUCAACUUUGUACGGUCCAACUGAUCUAGAUAAUCUUCCAAAUCAUAAAGUAUCGUUUGCUCUUGGUCUUCAGACGCGUGAACAGAAAGAAAUGAUGAUAAAAGGUUGUACAGAGAUUUUAUGUAUCGAAUCUACACAUAAGACUAACCAGUAUGAUUUUUACCUUCUUAAUCUUAUAGUACCUGAUGAAUUUGGUUGUGGCUAUCCAGUUGCUCAUUUUAUUACUAAUUUUCUAGAUGCUGACACUCUUUAUUGUUUAUUUAAUAGUUUAAAGUGUCGUGUACCAAAUUUAUAUGUAAACUGUGUAAUGACAGAUGAUGACAAAGUUACAUAUCCUGCAUUUUCAAAGGUUUUUGGUCAAGAUGUUAAGCAUCUUUUAUGUUCGUGUCACAUACGCCAAAGUUGGUUCCGGCAACUAAAUUCUAAAGUGGUAGAUAAGGAAGUGCGACAAAAAAUGCUAGGAGAAUUAACAAAAAUAUUACAUGAAAGAAACCAGAUCACUUUUCAUGAUCAAAUAAGUAAGUUUUUGAAUGACUAUUCUAGGAAAAGUAGAGAUUUUAUUGAAUAUUUUUCUGAAAAUUAUAAAAAUAGAUUAGAGGAAUGGGCUUUGUGUUAUCGGAACUUUCCACAUGCAUUUACUGAUACUAACAUGUACUGUGAAUCUUUUCACAAUCAGUUGAAAACUGUUUAUUUUAAGCGGAGACAUAAUAGACGAUUAGAUAUUUUAAUUUCUACACUUCUGACAAUUGAGAAAGAUAAAUAUUUAAAUCAUACCUAUAAAUUAUACACUAAUGUAUCUCCCAGAAAUUCCAUUUCUUGUUUAAGUAGGCAUCAGAGAGGACUAAAAAUUAGGGACAGUGAUGUAAAUAAAUGCUCUGAUACUUCUUGGACUGUUUGUUCUCCAGACAAAAAAUAA